GACUUCUCUUACGUGGAUAGACGUACGAGAGGGAAGCGCGCGUAGUGGCGCCGCGGAUUGGCCACCCCGGGAUCUACGGGAGCUGCAUUCGGCUGACUGUUCCCCCGGUUCCCCCUCCCUUCUUGUUUACUUGGGUAGCCUCGCGGGAGGCCCUGCGGUGUCUGUGUGUUGUUUAUCGUGGCGCCUCAACUUAAUUAAUAGUCACGUUUCACCCAUGGCCACGGCCGAUCCGACGCUCAGCGCAAGUUGACGCUUGGUUCUCGUGUCUAGAAAUCUAAAGCAAAGAAAGAAAGAAAAAAAACAACAACAAAGGGAAACGCUCGAUGGCCGCUUCGUUGUGAGGCGAUCCAGCCUACACUUUUUUCCCCCGUGCUCUGCCCCAACGCCGCCGCGACACCGCUGCCGCUAUCUCCAGAAAACAUGGCGAGUCGGUCGCGGCAGGACCUCAAAGACGACGACCUGCGACGACAACUCCGAGACCUGGGCGAAGACGUGGGACCCGUCACCGACACCACGCGUGUGGUCAUGCAACGGAGGUUGACGAGCCUUCUGCAGAACGGCAUGAAGACUCCAUCGCCUCGGCGGAGUCUGCCGAACCGUGCAAGCCUGGGCCGGAUGAGUUCGGACGACAGUGACGGUGAGGCGGCGUCGGUGAACCAACGCUCGACCCGGCGUCGCUCGGCGGCGAUCCCGUCCUCGCGAAGUCGAAGGACGAGUCCACCCGAGAGGCCGCGGCGUCCUGAGCCGCCGCCGACUCCGCCGCCGCCGGUCGUACUACCGCCGGUGGUGGAUCAUCGGCCGAACCUGAGGACUCGCGUCGGUUACGCGUACAGCGACGAGUUUUCGGAUACUGACAACGACGUGCCCAAGACGCCCUCCCGGUCGCCGUACCCGCUUCAGCAGCAGCAACGCUACAAUCACAGCCUUUUGGUGCAUCGGGCGGAUGACGCUGGACGCAGCAAUGGGUUUGUGGCGAGCACAGAUCAGCGGCCCCGGUAUCAGUGGGUUUCAUUUGUGCUCCUCCUGGCUGCGGCGCUGUUCUUCGUGUUCCUGGGCGCAGCCUACAUGGGGGUCCGUUACCCUUCACAGCCCGGGUCCAAGCCCAAGUCCCGACCGAGGACGGACUCUCCUUACAACGCCACACUGUGCGAAAAUUCGAGGAACAGGCCCUGCAUCUGGGAGGCAAAUGUUCCCGCAGCGCUGGAGCUCGCGGGCCGCAUCCAGAGGCUGUUGGGCAACCUGGCAGGAAAGUAUGAGUGCGGCGAGACGGCCCAGCCAAGCCUGAGCUACGACGAGUGCUUCGAGGAGAUGCGUCGAGCGAAGGACGACUUGCUUGCGGAAGAAGCCUUCGAAGACUCCCUGCUGCUUCUGUUCGAAAAUCCUGCCUGGGGCAUUGUGCUGCUGGGUCGAGACGGCGAGCCGAUGAGCGUCUUCUACCAGAAAGGCUCGGUGCUGGCGCUGCGUGCCUUGCGUCCGGUCAAGUCGUACUGGUGCUUUAUACGCCUGACCCUGCAAAGCGUCGCCAUGCAGAUGGUUUUCGGAACCUUGGCGGUUCUGAGUAUCUGUGCCCUGUACUACCUGCUCUGCUGGUGGAAGGCGCGUCGAGAUGAGCGGAGGCGCCGCCUGUACAGCCUCGUUGAGAAAAUCACUGCCAUUCUGAAGGAGCACGCGGAGUCUCCGGACUGCCGAGAGCCGUACCUGGCGCAGGUGCACGUGAGGGACAUGCUCAUCGAGCCGUCCCAGCGGAAGCGGCUGUCCCAGCUGUGGCAAGACGCAGUCGACUUCCUCGGCCGCAACGAGUCCCGGGUGCGGACGGAGCGGCAGCACAUCGACGGCGAGAGCUACCUGGUCUGGCGGUGGCUGGGGGGUGCGGCGAGUCCGCCCGGGUCCCCCUCCGCCACUCCUCCGCGUGCCAAGGUGUGGCAGGGCAGGGCCUUCGAGAGCCCCGGCAGUGGCCUGCCCGGUGGAGCCGCCGGCGGCGGCGUGCUGCCCUACGUGCCUGCCACUUGUCUCAAGAUCCGCAACAUGUUCGACUUGGAAGUAGAGUAUGAGUGUGACUGGCCGGUGCAGAUCCGGAACGCCAUCCUGGAAAAGUGCGAGGGCAACCAGGGCAUAGUCCACCUCCAGGUCGACACCGCCUCCAAAGAGGGCUGUGUGUACAUGAAGUGUAGCAGCUUGGAAGCAGCAGGACAGGCGUACCGGGCGUUGCAUGGCUCCUGGUUCGACGGAAACCUGAUCACGGUGAAGUACCUACGGCUGGAGCGCUACCACGAGCGCUUCCCGGAGUCCCAGUACUGCAGGGAACCGCUCAAGCCGAGCAACUCUCUCCGACUCUCGCUGGACGCAAGCAACUGCCCGGAGGAAGACGCCCUCUGAGGAACGACGACGACGACAGCAGCCACGGACUACUCCGCAACUUCCUCCUCGUUUGUGCACGCGCAUCGUUUCUUGUAUACCCCUCGUCCUCCUCCUCUCGAUGUGCGAGAGAGGAGAGGGCGACAUUAAACAGAAAAAUUGGCA